GUUUCUUAAAAACCGGUACCAAAGGAAGCGCUCAAGGGAAUUUCGGGAUAAUGGACUUAGUCGCCGGACUGCACUGGCUGAGAGAAAACCUUCCAGCUUUCGGCGGAGAUCCUCAAAAAGUAACGUUGAUGGGACACGGGACUGGUGCCGCUCUUGUCAACUUCAUAGCUGUGUCACCUGUAGCCAAAGAAUUGCUACAUCGUGUGAUAUUACUUAGCGGAUCCAGUCUGAGUCCGUGGGCCAUCCAAAAGGAUCCCCUUUGGGUCAAAAGAAGCGUUUCCCUACACACCAGAUGUUACGGAGACCUUUUGGAAGACGACCUAGCACCAUGUUUAAGACUGCAGCCCUUAAAUAAUUUACUCGACAUUAAGUUGGACGUCCCAAGAUUUUUACCAGGCUUUGCUCCAUUCAUCGACGGCACAAUUCUAGUUAAUCCGACGUCAGUGCCGACGAACAUCGGCGCGCCGACUAUUUCCACGACUGAAGGCUUCGAGCUGGCCGACUUUCCGGACAGAUCCUUGCUGUUCGGUCUCACUUCCACCGAAUCGUAUUUGGAUCUCAAUGCACAAGAUCUGGAAUUCGGCUUCAACGAGACGAAACGAGAUCGCAUUCUGAGGACUUAUGUUCGGAACGCAUACUAUUAUCAUCUAAACGAAAUAUUUUCCACUCUGAAAAACGAAUACACGGACUGGGAGAGGACUUCGCAGAAUCCGCUCAGCGUUAGGGAUGCUGUAUUGGAUGUACUUAGCGAUGGACAUACAGCGGCUCCAUUAAUCAGGAUAGGAUAUUUGCAUAGUUUAAGAGGUGGAACGACGUUUUUCUUCCAUUUCCAACACCAUAAUGGCGAAAGAGAUGUUCCAAUGAGGGCUGGUAGCGUUCGAGGCGAAGACGUCCCUUACGUGUUAGGUUUUCCAAUAACAGGUGCUGGAUUUUAUUCUCCUUAUAACUACACAUUCAACGAUGCUGCCAUAUCAAAAGAGUUGAUUUAUUACAUCAGCAAUUUUAUUAAAACUGGAAACCCCAACGGCGACAUGCCAAACUCAGCAGAGAAUCAAAAUGAAAAUCUAAAUCAAAAUGUCAUUAAAGAUAAGCCAACACCUGCGAUGCCUUUUUGGGACACAUAUGACACAAUCAAUCAAUUUUAUUUGGAAGUCGGAAGCCGCCUAGAGAAAAAGGACCACUACAGAGGACAUAAAAUGUCACUUUGGUUAAAUUUAAUUCCUCAACUACAUCGACCUGGCGAGGGCGGAGAUAUCUCAAUGAGGCAUCAUCAGUUUCAGGAAGAAGAUGAACAGUACUACGAUGGUUAUGUUCGGCCUCAAGUAAAAGAAAAACCUCCUUUUCUUUUUACUACAAUAUCUACAACAUCUACAUCGACGUCGGAGAGUACUAGUUCAACGCCUUUGCCACCUAAAUCGGAUACUGCCUUACAGGCAACAACUACAGAAUGCCCUCCAAAUCAAACAAUAUAUCUUCCAAGUCAAACUAAAACUUCGAAUAAUCUACUAAGAAAAUUGGCUUCCAGUCACUAUCAGAGUUACACUACUGCCCUCACGAUCACCAUCGCUGUAGGAUGUUUCCUUUUGUUACUCAACGUCCUCAUUUUCGCCGGUAUCUAUCACCAACGGGACAAGGAGAAAAAGAAGCACAAACGGAAAGAAGUUCAAAACGAAACAGGUAGCUCGAGCAGUUCUUCAGGCGAAUGUUACGACAAAGCCUUCGAAGUACAACCCCAAGAAUUAAAAUGUAGCCGUCACAAGUACAUGAGCGACUAUAGUUACGAGCAAAAACACAGUGAUAUUCAAAUAACCGAACUUCCUAUACAAAAUUUUAAAUCUUCGCCACCGCCAGCUAAACGAAUAGAAAAUAUUCACCCCAGUUUUCAUCCCCCCGACGUGACCAGCACCAGUCAAGACGUCGUUCACAGCCGUAGCAGCGUCGCCCAUUCUUCACCGGCGGUGGAAUGUCUGCCGUCAGUUAGUACAAAUCAAAUAGGAAUACUCAGGCCACAAGGAAUUCCUGUGACUCCAGGAACCAUGAAAAAACGUGUUCAGAUCCAAGAAAUAUCCGUAUGA